GCUCUUCACACGAACAUGAACCCUUCACCAUGUCCGUCUCAAUACCCACAACCUCCGCUCUCUCUCCCUCGCAACUAGUUCCCUCAACACACCCCACAGUGUCGAAAAUGCUCCAGAGGCUUUCGCGACCCUCGCUCCUCUCCCUCGUUCUCGACUGGCUCGACGAGAAGAACCAAGAAAUCACCGCUCCCUACCUGUUAGGGCCGGACGAGGACCCCGACGAGCAGGACCCAUACCCAGCCUGCUCCUCUCUUGGCGAGCUACGGGAAAUCUACAGCGAUUUGCAGGCGCGAAAGGGGAGUAAGAGGGAUGUCGUGGAUCGGAUAGUAGAAGGCGAUUGGCGGGAUGGCCUUACUUUAUAUCAGCUGGCAAUGGCCGACAUGCAAUACCUCUACGACCACCCAACGUCGCAGAAAUGGUCCGCAUUAAAAAUUGUACCUCUCGCCCCUCCCAGUCCCUCAGCGAAACCCGCAACCGUCCCGCGAUUCCACCCGUCGACCUUCCUCCAGAACCUGCAGCGGGAGGUGCUGCCGGAUGUGAAAGCGCACUACAACCUCGAUCGCCAUGCGACUCUCCCUCUCUGGAUUCUCCGGAUCUACAUCAUCGACUCGCCCUACAACACCCCCCUCGCGCUCUCCUCCAAGGCCGGGAUGGCUCCUCUCUCCUUUGACAGCUCCCGGCUCUUUUACGUCGCCUUCCCCGACGCCUCGCCCUACAUCUACGUCUCUCUCACGACGGCCAGCGCGCCCUCCCCAGGCUCGCUCUCCGACAACCGAAGCCUGCGCCGACUCACCCUGGAAGGGAUCCCGAAAGCGUUCUCGCGCCCGCGCGAACGGUAUCGGUUGGAGGGCACGGGCCUGAGCGCGCGGAAUCUUCACGCGUUGUGCGAGAGCCGUGGCGGGGGGCGCACCAACGCCGCCGGUGGCGGGUGGAGCGUGUACGCGGACGAGGAGCGCAGGGAUAACCCGCUGGACAUGACGGUGCAUCUACCGACGCCGGAAUCGCAGAUGGGGGAGAGCGAUGAGGAGGGGUCGGCUGAGAAGCCGCCGCAAGUGCGGGGCAUGAAGAGGAGGAGGGAGGAUGACGAGGGGGUGGUGCAGCGGCGGAAAUUGGUCGCGCAGGGGAGAUUUGGGAACUCGGCGAGGUUUGGAGAUGGGAAGGGUAUCGAGCGCCUGGAUAUCAGGCUUGAAGAUCCAUUCCCCGCGCCCGUCUCGCUACCCUCUGGGUCCUCUCCUGACGGGGAUUUGGAUCGGGGGGCAAGGAGGGGGGAAAGGAGGAAGGGGAGAAGAAGUACGAUAGAUCAGGAGCUGGAUAGACAUAAGGAGGAGGAAGACGACGCAGAAGGGUCCUGGAGACCAGAUAUCAGAAUCACGUUCCAAGGCGCGCAUCUCUUCGCUGGGAUACGGGCACUCGUCGAAGCGGGGGUUGUGGAUGGGGAGAAGAUGCCUGGGUGGAUGACGGGCGAGGAGGGCGUGAGUGUGGGUGUCGUAAGGGAGGGAAGGAUCCGCGGAGGGAGGGGAAAUGCGUUAUGAAUGGGGGGAAAGGGGAUGGGUUUGGUGGGUGGCUUCAUGAUUUCACGGAAAGGAUUUUGGCGUCUGGAAUGCUGGGGUUAUGCUUGCUUUUAUGUGUGAAUGAUGGAUGGAACGUUUCAUUGCGUUGGCUAUGUGUAUGAUAUGUAGAUACCUCGGUAUAAGAAUGGAGAAGCAGCAUCGAAAGCCAAAGAAUCAAACGAAACACUCAGAUCUAAUGCUAUCUCUCCCCCAACCCAAACAUCCUCACAGUAUUCGUCCACGCCGCCUCCGUCAACUCCUCCAAGCU